AUGUUUGUUAAUCUCCUAUUUAUAACCUUUGAAGACUACUUCAAAUCCCAGAUCGCCAAGAGCAUAGAUCCGAAGAAACAUACCAGUGAUGCUCCAAGGUUCCUGGUCCUGGCUCCUAACUUGCUGAGGGUAGACAGGAAGGAGAGCGUGUACCUGGAGGCGCAGGGUGUGAGCGACACGGUGAGGGUCACUAUCAGCGUGAUGGGCUUCCCUCUGAAGGCUCAGAUGCUGCUGCAGGACACGGUGGAGCUGGGCCCAAACAACGGCUUCAACACGCUCAAGACCUUACAGCUCUCCUCACUGCUCCUGAACAGAGAGGCCACCAAGAACAAGUUUGUAUAUCUGCACGUCAAAUUCGGAGAUUAUUACAGGCACGAGGAGGUCGUCAUGUUAACCUUCCAGAAGGGCUACAUCUUCAUACAAACAGACAAACCGGUCUACAACCCUGGGGACACUGUGAUGUUCAGAUAUUUCCUGUCGACUCCGGCCUUUCAGUCUGUUGAAGAUGACCUCACAGUCGAACUUGAGAACGCGGAUGGGGUGACUGUCCAUCAGAAGUCAGUCAGAGCCGCCAACGGUGUCUACUCCGACAAUUUCAAGCUGCUUGACGGCGUAAAUGAGGGGAAAUGGAAGGUGAUCGCAAAGUUUGACACCUCGGCGGAGAACAUGUUCAGAGCUGAGUUUGAAGUGAAGAAGUAUGUCCUGCCAGCGUUCAAUGUGACCCUGACACCCAAGAAGCCCUUUUUCAGCGUGGACGACACCGAACUGGAGGUGGAAAUCACAGCCAGCUACCUGUAUGGAAAGAGCGUGAAAGGGACAGCCUAUGUGGUGUUUGGGGUGGAGAUGGACAACCUGAAGAAGAGGUUACCGACAGUUAAGCAGAUCACUGAGUUGGAUCCAGGGACAGUGACUCUAACCAUGGCAGAGAUCCAGGCUGCCUACCCAGACAUCAAGCUCCUGGUGGGCUGUUCCAUCUACAUCAAGGCCUCAGUAAUGACUGAGUCUGGUGAGUACCAACACCUGACUGUGGGUCCUGCUCCAGGAAGCCUGCAUGUCAACUACGAGCCAAAGAACCCGUUGAAGUUCCAGAUCAGAGGUGACCCUGGAGCGAGCGUCAGCCUGGUCGCCGUGGACAACGCGGUGUACCUGCUCAACAAACAAAGGCUCAACCAGAAGAAGCUGUGGGACGUGGUGGAGCAGAGGGACCUGGGCUGCACCCGGGGAGGGGGCCAGACCAGCACGGGGGUGUUCACAGACGCAGGCCUCCUCUUCUUCUCCAACACUGGGGACAACACCCCUGCCAGACAAGCCCUGCAGUGUCCAGGCCGGUCCAGGAGGAGGCGCUCUGCUGAGCUGCUGAAGGUCAGAGCUGAACUAGAAAACCUCUACAAGGAGCAUCUGCAGCGGCGCUGCUGCUUGGACGGCAUGGUGUCGGUGCCCAUGCCCUACUCCUGCACCCGGCGCUCCCUCUACAUCACCGAGGACUGGGACGACUGCGUCCUGCCCUUUCGCCGCUGCUGCGCCCGCUACUGGGGGCAGGAGUUCGACGACCGGCGUCCGCACACCACCGCCCCCCCGCCCACCACCGCCCCCGCCCCCGCCGAAGACGAAUUAAUGUACUUUAAGCCCCCCCGUGGGGACCCAGGGAUGAGUGGAUACCCAGAGUGGAGUGCACGCCCAGAGAUGAGUUUAACGACAGAGAUGAGUGGACGCCACUACGCACCCAUCAUGCCUCAGGUGCCUGAGGUCGAGGACCUGGAUAUCCUGGACGUGUCUGACGUGAGCCUCCGGGACCAGUUCUUUGAGUCCUGGAUGUGGACAGACCUCAAACUGCCCACCACACCAGAUCACAACGGGUUUGCAUCGUUGAGCGUGAACAAGGUUCUGCCUGACAGCAUCACAGAGUGGGGGAUACAGGCCAUCAGCUCCUCCCCACUCACAGGUUUCUGCGUAGCCGAUCCCUACAAGGUGAAGGUGUCGCGGUCCUUCUUCGUGGACCUGAGGCUGCCGCACUCCGUGGCCAGGAACGAGCACGUGGAGAUCAAAGCGGUCGUGUACAACUACGGAAAGGCGGACAUGGAGGUCCGAGUGGUGCUGGCGAAGACGGAGAAGAUCUGCAGCCUGGCGUACCACGAUCAACACGCCCAGGACGUCGUUGUGUCCGCCGGCUCCUCCGUGGCCGUGCCCUUCACCCUGGUGCCCCUGGAGGCCGGCAACCUCGUCCUGGAGGUGGCAGUCCUCAACAAACACUUCCCCACAGGGGACCGCGUCCAGAAGAAGCUGCGGGUGGUGGUGGAGGGUGUGGAGCGGACCAAGAUCCAGAGUUUUAUCUUGGACCCGGCUGCAAAGGGAGACAGCGAUCGUAAACAGGUGGUCACGGUGGACAAGGUGGAUCUCCAAUCUCUUGUGCCCAACUCAAAACCAGAGACUCGCAUCAACAUCAUUGGGUCUCUGUUGGCCGACGCCAUCGAGAACUCGCUGACCUCCGACUCGCUGGCCUCUCUGAUCCGCAUGCCCGGAGGCUGCGUGGAGCAGAACUUGGCCGGCAUCACCUUGCCCCUCAUCGUCAACCUCUACCUGGACCGCUCCGACGACUGCCAGGUGGGUGUGCAGCGCAAGAAGGAGGCCAUCGACUACAUCACCAGAGGUUACGAGAGGCAGCUGAUGUAUCGUAAACAAGAUGACUCUUACCCCCCCUACAGGAAUGAAGGCACAAGCACAUGGAUCACGGCCUACGUGGUGAAGGUGUUCUCCAUGACGUCCAGGAUCAGAGAGGUGGGGGUGGACAAGCAGCACGUGUGUGGUCCUGUCCUCUACCUGCUCAACAACAAGCAGCUGCACAACGGAGCCUUCAGAGAGGACAACCCUGUCUACGACACCUACAUGACCGGAGGUCUGAGGGGAGCAGAGGCCCAGACCACUCUGGCGUCCUUCAUCUUCAUAGCUCUGUCUGAGGCCACCGCUGCUAACAUGAAGUGUGGAUCGCUGGAGGCUGGAAUGAGUAAAACAGCCUCCUAUCUGAGAAGCAUGCUGCCCGUGGGUGGUAGGCCUUACACAGUGGCCAUCACCUCCUACGCACUGUCACUGGUAGACCCCCCCAGCUCCUACAUGGAACACCUGCUCAGAGCUGCAGCUCCAGGCCGCAGCCAUUGGCCAGACAGCGACAGCCACCUGUUCACUCUGGAAGCCACGGGCUACGCCCUGCUGGCGCUGGUGAGGGGCUCCCAACAGGAUGCUCGCCCCUUCAGGUGGCUCAACGAACAGCGGGGCGGGGGGCGGGGCUACGGAUCCACGCAGCCAACCAUGGUUGUGCUCCAAGCCCUGUCCCAGUACCUGACCAUAGCCCCGCCCCUGGAGGACCCCACCAUGCUGGUCAACAUCAAGGUCGCGGGCCGCUCCGACCUGAAGUACAAAUUCACCUCCGAGAACAAGUACCUGUCUCGCUCCUCCAAGGUUCCUCUGGACCAGGGGUUCAGCGUGGAGGCCACGGGCCAGGGUCAGGGGGUCUUGGAGGUGGUGACCUAUUAUAACGAGCUUCCUGAGGUGACAGAGAAUGCCGCCUGCGAGCAUUUUCACCUGGACGUGACCCUCGCGGAAUCUAGUGAAAAUCCUCCUGCUGAUGCACUGAAAACAUACACCAUCACCAUCAACACCAGAGAGAGGAUGGACAUCAGUCUUCCUUCUGGUUUUACUCCAGAGAACGCAGACCUGGACAGGCUGACCAACUCUGUGGACCGCUACAUUAACAACUUUGAGGUGGUCGACAACUUGAGAGACAGGGUCCUCAUCAUUCACCUCUUCAAGCUAUCUAACAGUGAGACUGAGACGAUCUCCUUCAGAAUUCACCAGAACUUCAAAGUGAGCCACCUCCAGCCCUCUCCUGUCUACAUCUACCAGUACUACAACCCUGAACACAACUGCACUCGUUUCUACAACCUCAAAGAGAACCUGGAGCAGCUGGCUCGGGUCUGCACCGACGACUUUUGUCGAUGCACACAGGGGGACUGCUGUGUGUCCAAGUCCGACGUCCAGACCAUCCCUGAGGGCGAGCGAGAGGCCCAGGCCUGUUUGGGCUUACAGCACAUCCUGAAGGUGAAGGUGGUGGACAUCACUCUGAGCCAGUACGGCUACGAAGUGGAGGUCCUCAAGAUCAUGAAGCUGGGUGUGGAGCAGGCGCUGCAGGUGGGCCAGAGGAGGGUCUUCCUGUCCCACUCAGGCUGCAGGGGGGGUCUGAACAUGCAGGAAGGAGAGUACCUCAUCAUGGGGCCCAUGACCGAUGUCUGGUACAAGGAUGGCGCCACCAAAAGUUUUGUGUACAUGCUGGGUAAGAACACUUGGGUGGAGCGCUGGCCCACCCCAGCAGAGUGUUCCUCAGACAGGAGCCUCCAGCCACGCUGCUCUCAGCUGUCUCAGGCCUUCAGAGACAUCAUGGUGGAAGGCUGCAGUAUGUAGGGACAACCCCGUCAACCCAAGACGCUAGCGGCCAUUUUGGUUCAAAGAGGGCGGCCAUUUUGAUUCUUGAUUCAUAACACCUGGCUUCGAUGGUAUCUCGAACUUUCGACACGCCAUACAGUAUAUGAUUUUAUACCCUGAAUUGUGUGUUCAGGCACAUUUUGCUCACCGAUGUGUUUUAGAGUUUGGGUGGCAGAGGGAUUUAAGAUGGUGAUGUCAUAGAAAUAAACAAUACAACA